AUGGUCUACGUACGGCAAAAGGAGCUCCCCGCGCUCCGUGAGUACAAAUACUCCGGUGUCGACCAUUCACUGCUUUCCAAAUAUGUUCUAAAGCCCUUCUACACGAAAUUCGUCAUCAAGUGCUUCCCUAUGAGCAUGGCACCGAAUUUGAUCACUCUGACGGGCUUUUCAUUCGUCGUUGCAAACUUCUUGACGCUGCUGUGGUAUACUCCCACUCUUGACCAAGAUUGCCCCGCCUGGGUGUAUUAUUCUUGGGCACUGGGCUUGUUCCUAUAUCAAACUUUCGAUGCUGUGGACGGAACUCAAGCGCGCCGAACUCGGCAAUCCGGACCUCUGGGCGAACUCUUCGAUCAUGGGGUAGAUGCUUGCAAUACCUCGCUUGAGGUUCUUCUUUUUGCUGCUUCUCAGAACAUGGGACAGAGCUGGCAGACUGUGGCAGUCUUGUUCGCAUCCCUCUUGACGUUUUAUGUUCAGACAUGGGAGACUUAUCACACCAAGACUCUCACUCUCGGUAUCGUGAACGGACCCGUCGAGGGCGUUCUUGCGAUCGUCCUGGUCUUCGUUUUCACUGGCUACGUUGGGGGUGCCCAUUUCUGGCAGCAGAGCAUGUUUCAUACCAUCGGUGUGCCUUCCACCAUUGGCAUCCCAUCUUUCAUCUACAACCUCACCUUUACCGAGUGGUAUCUUAUUCAGGGCAGUAUUGUUCUUGUCUUCAAUACUGUCGAGUCUUCACUCAACGUCAUCCGCGCUCGACGUGCCCGUGGAGACCGUUCUCGAGGUGCGCUGCUUGGCCUUGUCCCUUUCUUCAGCAUCUGGUCUAUGGUGGUUGCCUACCUUUAUCUUCAACCCAAGAUCCGCGAAUGCCAUCUCAUCCCGUUUGCCCUCUUCGCCGGCCUUGUCAAUGCCUACAGCGUCGGGCAGAUGAUCACUGCUCACCUUGUUCACCUGCGUUUCCCCUACUGGAACGUGCUGGGCCUGCCUCUUGCCUUUGGUGUCAUCGACUCAUUGGGCCCCAUCUUCCAGCGUAACUUAGGGUUUGGCUGGCCCAGCGCUCUUGGCGAUAAUGUCUACCAAGUGGCUUUCAUGUUCAUGAUGCUCGGAACCGCCGUCGGCGUCUACGGAAGUUUUGUCGUUGACGUUAUCGUUACCAUCUGCGAUUACCUCGACAUCUGGUGCCUCACCAUUAAGCAUCCUCAUGUUGAAAACGAAGGUGCUCAGACCAAUGGUACAAAGAAGGACUAA